AUGGUUUAUUAGGAAUUGUUUAAUAUUUAGAUUAUGUUUAAAUUAUGAUUUACCGGUAAUUAUGACUUUAUUAAAGGAGGCGUUCAAUCAUAUAUAGAGCUCAGAAAAACUUAGACAAAACAGAAGAUACUUCAAAUGGCGCGGAAUCACCCGUAGGGUCAGGAGACAGUUCCACUAUUUCCAACAGUUAUAACGAUAUCAAUAGUAAAAGUGGUACCAAUUGUUCUGCGAGCAGAUCAUCGGACAGUUCUUCUGAUGCAACCAAUUACGGAACCGCUGGUCUCUCAUCAGAUAUAUCUGCCAUAAGUUCGGCGACUCAGCCGUGGAAGUCAUUAGAACACGUAUCGCAACACAUGAACUCAGGCACAGCACCAAACCCUACAUGUGUUGCCAUCAAAAGCUCAGAUCACUAUAAGAUCAGUGAUUUUCAGAGUCUUUGUCUAACGUUUCCCGAAUUAACGGCAACACAAUUGCAGUCCAUUUUCGAACAGUGCGGAAAUGACUUCCAGAGAACCAUCGAUAGAGUUCUUAUGAAUAAAUGGUCACUCAAUGAUACUGACUGUAAGUCUAGUCUACAAAUGCAAAACAAUAACGACUGGUCAGCCGCUACUACAACAAGCUCCUCAAUGUGUGGAGACUAUGCAUCCAAUUGUAGCACUCAUUCGCCAUUCAUCCGGUCCCCACUGCCAUCCCUUAUGCCUCCUGAAUCCAUGUCCACUAAUUUCUAUAAUACCAGCUCUACUAAUGGCGAACAUUGCUAUGACUGGAGAUCUAAUUCAAGCUCAGGAGCUCUUAAUGAUGACUUGUCUAAUAGUGACUACGGAAAUGACUAUUACUACGACCAGUCUUCAGUGUCUUGUUCUGUGAUGUCAACACAGGGUAAUUCUCAGGCUAUGAGUGCCAACUGGAACUACGAUUAUACCGGUUAUUGGCACAACAAUUUACAGGGUAGUAAUGGUAACAACGGCUCAUACGACAUGAGCACCGGCUCACACACUCCAGAAGACAUGACCAUCACAUGGCCUAAUGGACAGACGGGUCCACUUGCCUUAGGACAAGCGAUGCACGAGUACAACAUAUGAGGACAAAUCUUAUUUUAAAUCUAAUCUAAUCAUUAUAUUCACCAUUUCUUGUGAUGCUGUAUAACCCGAAGAAUGUCUUAAUGUUUAUCAUACGUUUCAUAUCUGACACAAUUCAGAACAUAUAUAUAAAUACAAUAUAAAUUUGUAUACAUUUUCUGCUUUCAAUUAUUAUUUGAUUAACGGCUC